AUGGCCAUUCACUUGUCAAGUAUUAUGCAUUCAAAGCAGAUUCUCUGCCGAUCUCUUCUCAUUGGCAGAGAAGCGGUCACAGUCCCAAAAGGCUACCUUGUAGUCUAUGUCAGAGAGAGACAGAAGACGAGAUACUUAGUGCCGGUAUCAUUCUUGAAUCAGCCUUUGUUUCAGGACUUGCUCAGCAAGGCCGAGGAAGAAUUUGGCUUCGAUCAGCCCAUGGGUGGUCUCACAAUUCCUUGCACAGAAGACGCAUUCAUUGCCCUCACUUCACGGUUGAGUCAUUCGUGA